AUGAGCUUGGGGGCUAAAGAGGCGCGCCCGCGGGUCCCCGGCUGUCCGGCUGCCCCGCCUCCCUCCAGCCGAGCUGCGGCCUCCCGCGGCUGCGCCCGCCGGGCCGCCGGGGAGACAAAGCGCCGCCGCCGCCGCCACUGUUAGUGCGGGUCCCGGGCCAUGGCCGGGCUGCCCCCGGCCCAGGGCCUUCCGUCCAGCCGCCUCUGCCCUAGGCCGCGCCUCCAGGUAUCUGAGCGGACACCGGGAUGGAGUUCAGGCAAAAAACAACAACUCUGCCCUCCUAGAACAGGCGAACGCGACCCAGAUGUUGAAACAGAGCCCCGGAGAGGCUUAAAGCUUGCCUGAGGUCACACAGCCUGGACACGACAGAGCUGACAUUUGAACCCAGAGAAGAGCAAGCCAAGAGCAGGCCGGGCAGAGGGCGGGCAGGCGAGCGGUGGCCUGAGAGGCCCUGAGCCCCCUGCAGGCCCGUCCCGGCCGCCAUGAAGCUGAACGAGCGCAGCCUGGCCGCCUACGCCACCUGCGACGCCCCGGUGGACAACGCGGGCUUCCUGCACAAGAAGGGCGGCCGGCAUGCGGCCUACCACCGGCGCUGGUUCGUGCUGCGGGGCAACAUGCUCUUCUACUUCGAGGACCCGGGCAGCCGCGAGCCCGUGGGCGUCAUCAUCCUGGAGGGCUGCACCGUGGAGCUCGUGGAGGCCGCGGAGGAGUUCGCCUUCGCCGUGCGCUUCGCGGGGGACCGGGUCCGCACCUACGUUCUGGCCGCCGAGAGCCAGGCCGCCAUGGAGGGCUGGGUGAAGGCGCUGUCCCGGGCCAGCUUCGACUACCUGCGGCUGGUGGUGCGCGAGCUGGAGCGGCAGCUGGCCGCCAUGCGGGCUGGGGGCUGCCCGCCCCCACCGCGCCGGCCCCGCGCCCUCCUGCCCAAGGAGAACGGCUGUGCGGUCUGGAGCGCCGCCGAGACGCCCGCCGCCUCCACAGGCGCCUCCACCCGGGCCCGGCCUGGCGCCGAGCCCCCGCCACUGCCACCCCGCCGGCGGGCCUCGGCGCCCAACGGGCCUCUGGACUCGGCCUCCUUCGCUCAGCUGCACGAGCGGUACGGGCAGGAGGUCCGGGCCCUGAGGAGCCAGUGGCUCAGAAGCCGGGCUCAGCCCUGAAGCGGUGGGGGGAGGGCCUGUGCUGAGGGGCAGGGGUCAAAGCCAGCCGCGAGGCCGCCAGCCAGUGGUCCGGUUCUGGAGGGCCUCUGCCCCUAGGCCCUGCCCUGACGGGCCUGCCCUGAGAGACUGGGGGCCUGGGCCCCAGGGAAGCCACGGCCAAGCCCUAAGGAAAACCGGGGCCCCCGUGUGGCCUGUUUUCAGGGGACUUAAGCUCUGAGAAGAUGCUGGACUCAGAGGGGUGCUCUAGGACUCGGAGGAGGCCAUAGUACCUCCUAGGAAGAAUCAGGGGCCUGGCUGAGCCUCCAGAAGCUUGAGGGCUGGAACCCCAGCCCCAGCCCCAGCCCGAUCACCCAGCAAAGGCCUGUUGCUGGCAUCAGGUCCUGGCUGCAGCCACUGGGCCUGACGAGGAUCUGUGGCCCGAAGGCAAGUGCCCUGUCAGCCUGGUCCCUGACGGGGCCUCCACACAGACAGAGGGAAGGCUCGGGCGCGCCACACUCCUGGGCGGGACCUGCUUUUGCUCCCUCAGCAGCAGGCGAGGAGGCGACGGCAGGUUUUAAUGCCGAACCGGUAUGGUGAGGUCGCCUGGUCCCCAGGGCUACUGGCUGGCGUGGGGCCCAGGCAGGACUUUGCCCUGGGCCUCGGCCAGGCCUUGAGGUGGCACUCCUGGUGCGGCAGUGACCCUGCAGCCUCCAGCCUGUCUGCGUUCCUGUGGUGGCCGUCACGUGUGCUCCUGACAGUCCUCAACUACACCCUCAGUCUCCCCCGCUCCCUGGGACGAGACCUCGCGGGAGCGCUUCUGACCCGGUUCAGCCUGGCCAGGCGGCUGUGGCCUGAGCUGCCUUUCCAGCAGGUUUCACUGGGGAGGGGCGGCCACCGGCUGACUCCCCGCCCAGGACGGGCCAGGUGCUGAUCCCAUGGGGCUAAGCAGCAGGCGUGAGGCUGUGCGUGGCUGCUGGGACCGCCUCCACCCCUGGUUUCCCGAUGGAUGGUGAGGCCAUCGUUCUCACCUCCACGGUGGCUGCUCCUCGUCCAGGGAGACUCUGGGGGCUGAGUCAUGUUUACAGUCCUCCGUGCCCCGUGCUGGGGGCUCCCCGAGGACACCUCCCCUCGACCUCUGUUCUCCAGAAGAUGACCCCGCUUGGUGACAAACGUGGCCCGAGACCCCUUCCUGCUGUCUCUGAGAGACCCUGGGGCUCGGGACGAGCGGGGGGCGCUGGCUGCCUGCAGUCUCGGGCUUGCUGCUGGCUCGGGUGACGGGCUCCUGUUUUAAUUUAAUUUUUGAUACUGAGGUGUUUUUAAGCUACAAAGCUUGGCAUUUUCAUGACUUCUGUUUCUUGUUGGCUGCUGAGAAAGGUCAGGGUGCCAGGCUUUCGGCCUGGCUGGGGUGGUGGCGAGAGAGGACAGUUUGGACGUCCCCGGGACAGGGCCCGGAAUCUUGGCUGGAAACCAGGGCAUCCCAAGAAUCUCACCGGGUGCUUUGCCUUCUCCAGGCCAGUCCUGCUCGGGGCAGGUGCCUGUGGGGCUUCGGUGUGGCCCCGUCCCUGGUUCCCGAGUCCUGA